CAAACCUGAGUUGUGAUUGUGAAGUGUUUGUUUUUAAAAUAAAAUAAUAAUGAUCCUGUCGCGCUCGAAGCCAGCAGCCGACAGUCGCGGCAAUACGGGCAGCAGUUCAGCCAAAAAGAGCUUCCCCGAACUCGAGGACUUCGUGCACAAGAGAGAUUAUGUUGGAGCACUCACUAUGCUCGAGUUCCUCCAACACGAAGGCAACACAGAGGUUUGGGCGGACGCGUGGGCGGCGUGGUGCUGGUUCCACCUGGGCGAAUACAGACGAGCACUUGACGCCUACUUACGUGUGCGCAGUCGGGAAAAGCUAGAUCCACGUGUGGCUGAUCACAUCGCCUUGGACGUCGCCGUCUGCUACUUCUACUUAGGUAUGUACAAGGAGUCACAAGAAGCGGCUGAAGAAGCACCUAAAUGCGCGCUCAAAACGCGUCUGACAUUCCACUUGGCACACAAGCUUGGCGACGAGGAGGCGCUUAUGAAGGCCCACGCGGCGCUCCGCGACGUGCCCGAAGACCAGCUGUGCCUGGCCUCUGUGCACUACCUGCGGGCCCACUAUCAAGAAGCCAUUGAUGUUUACAAGAAACUACUGUUGGAUAGGCGGAACUACAUGGCACUGAACGUGUACGUGGCUCUGUGUUACUACAAGCUGGACUACUACGACGUGUCGCAAGAGGUGCUGGGGGUGUACCUAGCGCACCACCCCACUUCCACCGUGGCGGGCAACUUGAAAGCCUGCAACUUAUUCAGGUUAUACAACGGCAAGGCCGCAGAAUCUGAGCUGAAGCAGAUAUCCUCUGAUCAGCACACGUUUGGCCAAGAUCUGGUGAAACAUAAUCUUGUGGUGUUCAGGAACGGCGAGGGAGCAUUAAAGGUUCUCCCAGAAUUAGUAGACGUAGUGCCCGAAGCUCGCCUCAACCUGGCCGGCUACCGGCUGCGGAACAGAGAGCCGUUGGAAGCGAGGGCUCUAUUGGAGCCCCUGCAGGCCACCUCACCUCUGCAUUAUAUUCUGAGGGCGGUUGUGGCUGUUCGACUCUACAAUGAGACUGGUGACGAGGAGCAAAUGAAGCUAGCGCAGCAGAGUUUCCACCUCGUAGGCAGUUCAGCAUCAGAGUGCGACACGAUCCCCGGCCGGCAGUGCAUGGCGUCCUCGUACUUCCUGGCGGCGCAGUUUGAGGAGGUGCUGGUCUACCUCAACUCCAUCAAGAGCUUCUUCGUCAGCGAUGACACGUUCACCUUCAACUAUGCACAAGCUAAAGUGGCAACAGGGUUCUACCGCGAAGCUGAGGAGUGUCUCCUCGGCAUCCAGGAUGAUGGCAUACGAAGCACGUUCACGUAUCAGGCCUGCUUGUGCCGCUGCCACGUCAUGAACCGGGACGCGGCCCUGGCGUGGGAGAUAUGCGUCAAGUCCGCUGGAACUCCUGACAACUUCGCGCUGCUGCAACUGGUGGCCAAUGACAGCUACCGCAUGGGACAGUUUCUGGUGGCUGCUAAGGCUUUCCACAUGCUGGACAGACUGGAUGGAGGGCCAGAAAUGUGGGAAGGUCUUCGCGGGGCAGUGUGUGGAUGCGCACAGGCCACCGCCGCCAACAAGCCGCACGCCGCGGCCGAACUGAGGGACGCUUUGUCGCUGCUCAGAGGACCUAGGGCUCACCCCCGAGCAGACCACAUUCUGCGGCCCAUCACGCGCUGGGCGCAACAGAAUCGGAUCCCGGUAUGAUCCGAGGGCUGCAAAUUGGCCUAACGCCAAAUUUGCAUUU